AUACCCAGUCGAUGUAUAAAUAUCGUUCCUUUAAAAGUUCGUUUUGCCGCAUCCCUUGAUGAGAACGUAGGUUCCUUCCACGUGUCAAAAUGGUAACUCUGAUUGUCAUCUUCUGUGUUCUGUUCACAGUGACCUCGGCUCAAGAGAGCUGCGAGGGAAGGUGUGGCCAGGCGCUGGACCCUACCCUCCCGUGUCAGUGCAACAGUCAAUGCAUCACCUUUGGCGACUGUUGUGACGAUUACCAGUCGGUGUGUGUUGCUGCGACAUGUUCCGGUCGAUGUAACGCCGGGGUGGACAACUCUAAACCCUGCCAGUGUAACUCGGCGUGUGUCAGCUACGGCGACUGCUGCCCUGACUACGACAGUCUCUGUGCAGGAGGUGAUGCAGGGGGUGAGACCCUGUCCAGUGUUGCGGAUCAGCUAUGGAAUCUCGACGUGAACCGCGUCUCCGUCACAGACUACAACGUCAACUACCAGGGACAGGUCAGCUCCGGCAACACCGGCGACAGUGCAGCCGAACCGUUCUUCUCGUAUGUGAAUGAGGCCAUCUUUACCUCCCGUCCUACAUUUGCCCUCCUACUCCCCCUAUUGGACAACUACAACCCAAACAUCGGCCAAUCAGAGUCGCUGACCAGCGCGCAGUGGGCGGAGAUAAACAGCUUCCUUGACGCUGUCCUCGCCACUUCAGUGAUGCAAAAGGCCUACAACUAUUUGCUUAAUGAAGGUAAGACAACUGGAGAGGCGGACUUCCGGGACGUCCUGAAUGAGCUAUGGUUUAACCUAUAUCAGCGCUCCAGCUCGGGGCCGACUGACAGUUCCGGGUUUGAACACGUGAUGGUUGGGGAGUACAAGAAUGGGGUGAGCGGGUUCCACAGCUGGGUUCAAUACUACCAGGAGGAGAAGGCGAACAACAUCGACUACCAGGGAUACGUGUCAAGGGCUAAUCCUGAAAUUGUAGGAGCGCAGUUCACCUGGAACGGGCAGAGAAAAGCUAAGGGGAGCUUCUUUGUGGCGACGAGUCCCGAGUUCGACAUGGCGAUAUACUCAAUCUGUGCCUUGGUGCGCCCUAAUGCUGUCUGCUCCUUCAACAUGGACGGCCACUCCAUCAGGAUACAGACGUGGGAUGUCGCUCACAAGUCGGGGUCACAGAUCGCCUCGGCUUACCCCCUGUAGAUUGGCUGUCAGGAGACCGGUGACACAGACCCUCACAUCAACUUCCGAUCAAAUCAGACUGAUGAUCACAAAGCCUUAAUAACUACAUAUUCUCAAUAAAUUCAGAGAGGCCCUUGUGCUGUCUUGACAGCCGCUGGUUCUCGUUAUCCUGGUGUCAAACAAUAAAUGACAUAACAUUGGUGUUAUGGAAUAAAUCAUAAGCAUGCA